AUGGUAGUCAAAAAGCAAGAAGCCUCCUCCUCCGGGAGCGAGAACAAACCGGCCUCAGGCAGCUUCAGACACAUUGGUAACAAGAUGAAGCGUACCGAACUCUAUCGCAAGUACAAAGCCGAUAAACACAAAGCCAAGUUCUCUCGUCGUUCCGCCCAAGCAAAAGAAGAAAGAGGUGAAGAUGGUGCCGCCAAAAAAGCCGCCCGCUUGGCAGCCAACAAAACCCGCACAAUCGAGAAUACUCGUGAUUUCAACCCGGCCAUUAUCAACGCUCCGAAUACGCAUGAGGGGCCUGGGCCGAGUAGCCUUUCGAAAACCGCUGCAGGGAAGAUUGGGAAUGAUGAUGAAGCACAUGACGCGGAGGAGGGUGUAGAGGAGAUGGAAGAGCAAGAAGCAGCCUCUGAAGUGGACGAAGAUGAAGAUCCAAGUGCUCCACCUGCACUACUCAUCACCACAUCAAUGCCUUCCUCUUCCACCUCACCCCACUUAGAAUCGCUCAACUCUCGAUCGCAUCCGUCGGCAAAGACACGAGAAUUCGUCGACGAGCUACUCUCCGUCUUCCCCGGCGCGGAGUAUAGGCCGAGAUCAAAAGCCCAAGGUGUCGGUCUGGGCAAGAUUUGCGGUUGGGCUCGCGAACGUCGUUUCGACGCAGUUCUAGUUGUAAACGAAUCUCAUAAAGCACCCUUCGCGCUCACUGUCAUCCAACUUCCUUAUGGUCCCACUGCGUUUUUCCGCCUUACCUCAAUUCUCUCUGGUGCUGAGAUCUACGGCAAAGCUCGCCCGACACCACAUACCCCAGAACUUAUCCUUAACAACUUUACCACCAUACUUGGUCAUCGAGUCGGAACAGUCUUACAAUCCUUGUUCCCCAAAAUCCCACAAUUGGAAGGCAGGCAGGUUGUUACAUGUCACAACCAACGAGACUACAUAUUCUUCAGGAGGCAUAGGUACAUGUUCAAAAACGCGGAAAAGACGGCGUUACAAGAGAUCGGACCUAGGUUUACGUUGAAGUUGCACAGUUUGAAGGAAGGUUUGCCAAAAGGAGCGGGGGUCUGGGAUGGGAAGUAUGGUGAAGAGUAUGAGUUGACAAAGGAGGAGGUUGAUGCGAUGCAGAGCGGACAGGGUGAGGAAGAAGAGGCGACCUUGGGUGACGGCGUGGAGGGAGAGGGUGAGGGUGGGGUUGGAGCGGGAAAGAAAGCUAAGAAGGAGACGAAGGAGAAGAAGGAGCAGGAGGAGCAAGUGAAGGAGAAACUUGUAUCAGGGAACAAAAAGAAACGACAGAGAGGAGAGGAAGAAACAACAGGAUUAGAUUUCCAGUGGAAGCCAAAGAUGAGCGUUUCCAGACGCAACUUCUACCUCUGA